UGUUACUUAUGGCUAAGAAAAGAUUAUUUUGUUUAAAUGUGGAAACAGAUAAAUAGACUUUCUGGUCCUACAUCUUCUCUUCAUAACAUGCAUGCACACAUGCACCUGCACACACACAAAUACCUAUACCUGUGCCUCCUGUUGUUUAUCAACACAAGAUGUGAAAUAAACUGAAGAGGAAGAGAUAUUAUGGGGACUUCUGCUCACUGCAUGAUACAACUUUAAGAACCCAUCUCAGGAUUCCAGUGAUGACACAAUAUAUGAAAUGACAAAAUCUAUUUGUAGUUUAUGAAGUCAUUGGGACCCUGCAACUGGCCUUUAACUCUCUAAGUAGAUCCAGUAGCAAGACAAUGGAAGGAAGAAGAAGAGGGAAUUUUGCCAUGUAUACCUGGCACUAACUUGGUAAUCAAAGCUUUCUCUAGGAUAAGACAUCUUUCUUCUUAUGAUUCUUCCUUUACCUUCCAUGACAACAAAUUCUGUGCCAUAUCAUCCUUUUUGGGCCAGAGCACCAUGCAUUCAAGGAAAAAUUAUAGGGAGAAUCAGGGCUUGGCAAAAUUAAACCAACCUUUUCUAAAUUCUGAGGAUCGUCGCUUUCUCCGAGAAUCCACAGGAAGUGUAGAAUAUUACAUACCUUCGGCUUCAAGCAACAUAGAUGGAAAGAAGCUAGCUAUGGCAACAGAACAGCUCCCAGGAGAAUCUGAGGAGGAGGAGGAGCAUGGUUUGGAAUCUGCUAAAGAGGAGAUGACUGAGCCACAAACAUAUUAUCCAGAGAAAAAGGGGGGACAAAACUCAGAUGAGGUGAUGGAGCAGAUUACUGAAAAAACAAGAGAGGCCUUUAAUUUCCUAGCUACAGGUGAAAAUCAGAAGGCAAUUGAUUUACUCUCCAGUGUCAUCAAGCUGAAUCCAUACCUUGCUAGCUCAUACAUUAACAGAGCCAGUGUCUUUCUGCAGCUGCAAAAGCCGAAUGUGGCCAUUAGCGACCUUGAUAGAGCUAUUAAACUCGAUCCUAAUUCAGCACAGGCCUAUAAAUUCCUAGGAAAGGCCCUUCAGCUUUUGGGACAAUUAAAAGAGGCAGCCUGUAACAUUUCCUUGGCUUGUAAAUUGGAUACUGAGGGUCAGGCAAAACUUGAGAGGGAGGGAGAGGUCAGUGAAGAGAUGGAGAUUGCUGAGAGUGAGCUGGAGAUAGAUAAUGAAGGGGUGAUCGAACCAGAAGAAGAUGAGCCCCCAGAGAUGGGAGAUGAAAAUUUGAAGGUAACUAGUGACAUGAUGAAGCAGGCUGAUGAAAAGAAGGAGGAGGCUUUUGAUGCAGUAGGAAGAGGCGAAUUUCAAAGAGCUAUUCAGCUCUUUACUGAUGCCAUCAAACUGAAUCCACGGCUUUCCACUUUGUAUGCCAACCGAGCCAGUGUCUUUGUACGAUUGCGAAAGCCAAAUGCUGCCAUUAGAGACUGUGACAAAGCUACAAAAAUCAACCCAGAUUCUGCGCAGCCCUACAAGUGGAGAGGGAAAGCAUACUGGCUCAUGGGUCAGUGGCAGCAGGCUGCCAAGGACCUUGCAUUGGCCUGCCAGCUGGAUUAUGAUGAAGAUACCAAUGAGACAUUGAAGGAGGUUCAGAGAAGAGUCCAGAAUACCACCGAACACCAAAGAAAGUAUGAGGAAGAGCCACAGGCAAAGAAAUCAAUAGAUGCAUUGCCAAGGGUGAGAAAAUCCAUGGCAGAAGAGGAGAGGGUUCAGCUUCUGACUUCUCAAGGAGAGAAAGAAGCUCAUCUUCAGAAUCUCAGAAAACACAAACAGGUUCACUUUUGGACCUCCCAGGAACCCGAUAAUGACUGCUUUAGGGAAUCUGAGGAGCAAAAGCAAUAUCCACUGGAAGCCUUCGAAGAGAACAAGUUUCACCUGGAAGCUCUGCGUAGAGCUGAAAGAGAGGAAGAGCCCAGUGGAGAACAAAAGAGCGAGGACAGUGAACUCAAUACUGAAAAUGAACAAGUGGCUGAAGAGGAUGAAGAAGAUCUUCAGGAAAUGGGAGAUGAUAACCUGAAGAUAACUAACAGUAUGAUGAAGCAGGCCAAUGAAAAGAAAAGGGAAGCCUUUCAUGCACUGGGAGCAGGUGAACUUCACAAAGCUGUUGACUUGCUCACUGACGCCAUCAGACUGAACCCACAACUUGCCAUCCUAUAUGUAAACCGGGCCAGCAUCUAUGUGAAGUUGCAGAAACCAAAAGCUGCCAUUAGGGACUGUGACAAAGCUAUAAAAAUCAACCCUGACUCUCCACAGCCCUACCAGUGGCGAGGGAAAGCAUUCCAGCUCUUGGGUUGCUGGCACAAAGCUGCCAGAGACCUUGAACUGGCCUCCCAGCUGGAUUAUGCUGAAGAUACUAAUUUCAUGCUAACAGAUGUUCAGAGAAGAGUCCAGAAAAGAAAGCAAAAGGAAGAUGACUUCGUGGAUAUAGCAGAGUGGAUGAAGAAAGAAUCAAAGGAUCCAGGAAUAAGAACUAAGAAAGCCCCCGAAGAUAUGGAAGGAGUUAGUAAAGUGGCCUUGGAGGAUCACGACAGCUCUCAGGACAAGGACAAAUCUUGGGAAGAGGCCAUGGAGAAAGAACAGAUACAAGUCAAGCAGAAGAUGUUAGCUGAGCGGGAGAGCACACCACAGGAGAUGACAGAUCAGGAAGCAGUGCAGCACCUGGAACUUGAGCAACAGUUGAUUGCUUUACAGGUGGAGUUGGAACAACAGUUUAAAACUCAGCAGAUGGGGCUAGAGGAAGAGGAGAAAGCCCUGUGGAAAGUUCUUGAGCAACAGGAGAAGGCACAGAAGAAACUGUUAGAAGAACAAGAGAGAAACCAGUUGAAGGCUCUAAAGGAACUGGAGAAAGUGCAACAGCAGGCUCUAGUAGAACUGAUAAAAAUUCAGAAGCAAGGCAGGGAAGAACAGGAGAGAGCUCAAAAGGAAUUCUUGGAGGAAAAAGAGAGUGUUGAGAAAGUCCUAGAGAAACUAGCAAGAGCUCAAAAAAAGGCCCUGGAGGACCUGGAGAUGGCUCGUAAAAAUGCUCUGGAGGAACUGGAGAAUGCUCAUAGUAAGGCUCUACAAGAGCAAGAAAGGGCUCAGAGGGAUGCAUUAGAAGAACAGAAGAGAGCUCAGAAGGCCCUAGAGGAACUACAGAGAUCACAAAGAAGAGCUGUGGAGCAGCAGGAGAGAGCUCAAAUGAGGGCUGUCAGAGAACAAGAGAGAGCACAGGAAACCCUGGAAAAACUUGGAAGAACACAGCAACAAGCCUUAGAGGAACAAGAGAGAGCUAAGAAUGAGGUCCUACAGGAACAAAAGAAAGCUCAUAAAAUCUUGGAAGAGCUGGUGAAAGCACAAAAAAAGGCCCUAGAAGAACUUGAGAGAGCUCAGAAAGAGUUUCUGAAUGAGCAAGAGGAAGCUCAGAAGAAGGCCCUGGAGGAACAGAAGAGGGCUCAGAAGUCGCUGGAGCAACUGGAGAGAUCCCAGAAACAGUAUUUUGAAAGACAAGGGACCUUUAAGAAGAAAGUCUCGGUGCAAUGGGAAAGAGCUGGAAAAAACCUUCCCGAGGAAAAGGUGCAAUUUCAGAAAGAUGCCAAAGAAGAAUGUGGGCCACCUGGCAAUAUAUUCUCUGGAGAAUUGGAAAUAACUCAGAAGCAAGACCUAAAAGAUCAGGCAAAGGCUUCUUUGCUGCAGGGGAAAAAUUGGGAUACAGAAGUAGAAGAAGAAAGUGCAGGUCAGAGAGUUGUUCUGGAGGAAGGGCCAAGUCCUGGGAGGAGUACAGACGAACCAAAAGGUUCACUGAGGCCAAUUGCAAAGUCCAUUUGGGACUUCUUUGAAUCAGGGUAGUUCUCAGAAGUGUGGCCCAAUGACAAACCAAGGGAGAAAUGUUUGCUGAAGAACUGAGCUCAAUUUGGAGGUCAUCUGCAAGUGCUCUUUCCUUUAAAGUAAAAUUUCAAAAGCAGACAUACAGAUUUUUUAUGUUUUUUAAAAUGUAUUUUUAAGCAAAUAAUUGAAAGACUUCCCAUACCAUGUUUUGACCCACAUAGAAGGUUACAUGGCUUUCUAAAAAGAGUCCCAGUUGACCAGAAUUGCUUCAGUUAGUCCUUAAACAGGACAGAAUUCAGGGUUUCCUUCACCAGUCUGAGUACCUACAGAAGACAUAUACUAGCUGUAUGCUAACUUUGUAUUCUCAUGCAGGUUCAUUUCUUCUUCUGUGUACAUACUUGACACCCUUAAUUCUUCUUUAUCUGUGAGGAUGGGGGACCUCUGACACAAAUAAAUGGUGAGAAUCAUUGCUGAAGAGAAAGAGUGGGCAUUUUAUGGGGAAUUAAAAAUGGAAGAGUGAAUUUGUGGCGUAGAGACCUAAUUAAAUGGUGUAUUGCUUUUGACAUAUGGUAGCUUGAUGCAACCAAGGUCUGAAUUGCUUGAGGUGCUGAAAGGAGUCCUGCUUGUCCAAGUCACUCUCAGCAGGGGGGUACAUUCUGAUGUCAGGAAGUCCCUUUAAAGGCCCUGGCUCUCAGCCAUUUGGGGUAUAUUUAUUGUGUCAAAGACUUGUCACUCAAACUCUAGAUUUGCUUCUUAAAAUGUUUUUGGCAAAAUCAAUUCUUGAGGCCUGCAGACAUUAAAAAAUAAGCAACAUGAAUUGAGUCUUUAAAGCAAAAAAAAAACCCUUGAAAUCAUGGGAUCGUUGUAAUAUUAGUUUUCCUCUUUUUUGCUGUUUGUUUAAUUAAGUUCUGAGCUUUUAGUCAAAAUGGCUCAUGUUUUCAAACUUUCUUCUGCAACAGUUAUAUUGAUGAUUUUUUUAUUAUCACUUGAUCCAAGGAAUUAGACUUAUAUGAUAAACUCCAAAUAUUAUAAAAGUUGGCUGAAAAUAUUUUUGGGUGGAUUAUACAUGCACUAGCCCAAAUUUAAAAAAAAAAAGGGGGGGAACUUUCAGAACUCUCAAAUCCACAUGUGAGGGCAGAAGCCCUGGGAAAAAAUGCUGCAACUGCUGGUUUGUUGUGGCAGGAGACUCCUUCAGGUGAUGAAUAUUAGCAAUAGGAGGAAUUGAAGAGAGAGGAGUUACUGUGCUAUUUUGAAGCUGGGAGAGAAAUUAAGAAAUGCUUGAGUUGGGCUGAAGUUUCUGAAGCUCUUUUUGUCUUCUGAAGGAGCGGAUAGGAGCUGCCACCCAGCCUAGUUGGAAUAACCAGGUAAAAUAAGCUACUGUUAGUUUUAUCUGGGAGCAUUGUUGGAGGAAAUCUUAACCUGAGUUCUUUUUCUCUGUAUUAUAAGCAGUAAGGAAUUUAUUCAGUGUGCCUUGUCUUUGUGCAGAAAGCUACUUCUAUGUCUUUAUGUUUUGAUUUAUGUAGCAGAAGUUUGGGGGAGGUCUUCUUAAAAAUUUGGAGAAAUGGAAAAUACAUAAGAGCAAUUACCUGUGAGCAUGUUUUCUCAUCUCACCCUUGUAUGUGUUAAAUGUGAGCUCCCGAGGUUCUCUGCUCCUGCCUUUGAGAGUGGAGGUUGUUUAGCAUUACAAUGACACUUCAAAACUAGCACUGAAAACAGCCUUAGGAAAUGAACGUUCUUUGGUACUUCUCUCUCCUGCCCAACAUGUAUCUUUUAUAAUGACAGAGGUUAAAUGUGAUCUUUGCUCAGAGGCAGGAAGAAGAUUUGUUUAUUUAUGCAUAUAAGAUAUGCAUAUUAUGCCCAUUGUGGGCAUAAGCAAAAAUCACCCUAGAAUAAAGACUGAGGCUAAAAAAGGAGGAGUAAUUAUCAGAAGGCUUGGCUGUAACUUUUGUCACUGUUGUCACCUUUGUGGUCCUGUCUUUCAAAAGCAGGGUUGAUCUCCUUUUACUGAGUAGUUCAGGGCUCUUAACAUUGCGGAAGGCCCUGUUGUAAAAUAUCUGCUCUGGCUUCGGGAGCUCCUUUCCUGAAGCCCGAAGAUGAUAAGGAGAUGGGACGGACACCAAUUAGACUGUUUGUUCAGGAAAUGAAAAAUGGAGAGGAGUUACCUCCCUUCACUGAAUGGAUUUAUAACAUACAGUCCAGGAGAGAAUCCCAAUCAUGCGCCAGUUGUAUAAAGCGUGUUUUCUCCUCUCUUUUUUGAGGUUGGAUGACUGUCAUGAAAGGAAUAAGGAGUCACAUGCUCAGAAAAAGCAAGGGGAAAUGGGAGUGUAACUCUAUCUUAACACAGAGGGUAUGUUCCCAAAAAUGUGGGCACAUGUUUGAGAGAGAGUUGAGUUACAGUUCUGGGAUUUGGUCCAUGUUCCCAGGGAAGUUUAUGAAACAGAAGCUUCAUGGAUGCAAAACAGAGCCCCAGGAGCAGGGAUCAGAGGCCCCCGUGAUCGCUUUCUGCUAAGCACUCAGCUUCAACAGGAGGGAUGGCCAAGAGGUGCCCUGAGCGGUCAGAGAUGUGGGUUUGAAUCAGCUUAGGCUGUGGAAGGCCUCAAAACCAACUUUUGGGUAGGUGUCCUAAGCACUGGACUGGUUUAUAAAGCUUGGGCACCACUCUCUAGAGCCUGUUUUGAAAAUAAGAAAAGAGAGAGGAUCCCUCACAGUCAUUUGGCAAGAGGUGAUUUUGGUGACAGCUCUCGGGUGUUUUGGUACCUACUCUCGAAGGACAACUUUUUGCCUGGAUCCCACCUAAAAGAGGUGGGAUAUCUGAUGUGCUUUGCAUUCCUUAUUGCUGUUAAAUGUGCCAGCUCCUUGUAAGGCAGUAUAAAUUUGCAAAGCUCUUCUUAGCUAAGGGUACUGGUUUUCAUGCCAGGGAUGGGAUGCCUAAGAAGUCCUGUAUUCAGUUGGGCCUGGACAGUUUAGUAGAAAGGAAUGCCAGUAAGUUCAGUGCUCAGGGCUGCGAGUAAUCCCUGCAUUUGGCUUUCCAAGACUACCAUUUUAAGGCAAUGAGUCGCAAUCUCUAGCAGUCUGUGGUCUGUAAUGUCUAGUAUGUAUCAGAAGCCAUGCAUUUUUUCCUGUGUUCAGUAAUAUUUUAGUUCUCCUUGUUUCUAGACACAGGCUGACAUUUAUCUUCUAAUUCAAAAAGGACUAGAGAAAGCAGAUACCAGGCCAAGGAAGUUGAUCUUCCUUGUUAUUGUGUGUCGUGAAGGAAAGGUAGCUUUCUCGCCAUCUACUCCUUGCAUGGGGUUUAAUGUCUUGUAUACCCAUCAGUCAGUUUUGAUUAAAGUGUAUGUGCUUGCUGAGCAAUUAUGGCUGAACCAGUGAGAAAAACAGAGGAGUGUUUCAGCAGCAGCUUUGCACAUAAUCACAGCAACUGCACAUAGAUGCUCAUGAGUGCCUAUCUGCUGCCUGGUGACAACUGAGGCAAAAGACUGCACAUGUGGCAUGGUCUUCUUAAAUGUUGACGCCGGGUGGCACUGUAGUACAUGGAUAUAUUACUGCAGUUUGCGCUGAGAUAAUUAUAAGGAAAAUGUAGCAUAUAGUUGUUCCAAAAAAUACUGAAAGUUCCCUUGUGUUACUCAUUGUUGGUCAGAACUGCACUGUUUUGCUUCACUUCUUAGGAGGCCAAAGUCAGUGAUGUGGCUGUGGAGGACAUCUAGAUAGUUAGUCAUGAUGAAAGACAAUUAUCUUCAAAGAGAAAAAUUAAAAGUACUUUUGGCAUAAUCACUGGGUAGAAAUCUGGAUUUCUGACAUUCUGUGAUGAAAGCUGAGGUGGUCUGAUCUGAGAGAAGAUGGAAAACUUUGUAAUAUUCACUGCCAAAUCAUCCUUAUUAGUAGAGCAAGGCACCAUUCUUGAUUUUGCUUUAGGUAGUUGUAGAAGACUGUUGGAGUAGUACCGAGUUAGACAUUAUGUAUGGAAGAAGAGGAAAAAGUAAGGUAGCUGUAGGAAUAACACUGUAAUAGUAGCUGUUGCAUAGGGGACAGAAGGAGCAGACACUGGCCUCUGCUGUGAAAUAAGUACAUUAAAACUUUGAAGCUCUUGUCCAUAACCAGUGAUCUGAGGCAAGAACUGCUUGUAGCAGCGUGUGGUAGGGGUACUAUUGCCAGAAAAAUAAGUUGGUCUCUUACUUGCCCUUAUGUCUGUGACUGUCUGAUUGUGGCGGGGGAAGGGAUCCAAUCUGAAAUUUUCAAUUCUGGGUAUCACUUUUAUUUUAGAAUAAAUACAGUGAUCAUAGGAGUAAGGUUCUUUGGCCUCAAUCUGUGAAUCGCUGUUACACCAGAAAGAGGGUAGCUGUUUCUGUACAAUAAGAAUAGUCUUCUUACCCCCUCAUUCCUGUAAGGAAAAAAAAAAAAAAAAAAAAGAACUUUUGAUCUUCUGUAUUCAGGAGAUACCGCUCUUGAGAGGCUGCACAAUGUUAGUUUUAUGAAGUGGCCUCUAGGGUCCCCCCAUUUCCUGCAUGAUCAGUGAACUGGAGGUGGCCAAACUGAGGGCAAAACUUCAGGAAGGAAGUUAGGCUAAGCACAUUUUAAAGACUUCUGUUUACUUUUGUAGACCUGGUAAUACCAUAUUCUUGCACAUCUCACACUUCAAUUUCCUAAGUCUUUGCCUUUUAAUUUUAUUUUUCUGCUCCCAUCAAUGAGCUCUAAGUACUGCAGUUGUUACCAGCUAGGCUCCUGUGCUCUGGAAACCCCCCUCGUCCAUAGGGACAGCAGCUUUCCACAUGUGCACAUUUCCAGUGUGCCACAUGGGAUUUAUUUCUUCAGCCAUUCAGAGUGAAUUGAAGCAGCCUCAGCCGUUCCUACCGAUGCAAUAGAGUUUAUCCUAGCUCAGAGUCUGUUAAAGUAAACUGCCAGAAGGUGAUAUAUAAACUGCCCCAUUUUAGAUUAUGGCUGCGUUUUGGGUGUCGUUACCAUUUCUGAUACAUGCUUUGUCCAGUCUCGAAGACUGCAUGACGCAGAGACUCAGUAAUUCUGCAUCCUAGAGUGACAGUAACUUGUCUGUGACAGAAAAAUGAACUGUGACCCCUGAGGAAAAAGAUUAUCCCCUAAUCCUGCUAAGAAGGUGGAUGGGCUCUGUUAAACCAGCUUUAGUUCUUGGCAGGGCUGGCUUUUCUUGAGGGUCUGCAAGAUGCCUGGCCCGAGUCCUUCCUGUGGCGUUGCAAAGCCUGGGGCUAGAUACGGAUGUUGCUGUGAGAACGAAGACCACAACACUGAACUUCUAACCACUUUGGCUGACUCUGCCAUUUAGUAGUUAUAAAAUUACAGUUCCAGCUGUGAUGUGUAAUCUCAGGGGUGCGGGAACUUAUCAUGGAAACAAUUCAAUUUUGGCUACGUUACUGGGUAACAAUUAAUAUCAUGAGUGAGAAAGUUGCGUCAGAAACCAAUGUUAACUGACCACUGGAAAAUAUAAACUACUUCUGCCAAUAUGAGAAGUAGCACAUCACCAAGAAGUCGUGACUACUAGACGCCACUGAGGUCCUGCCGGCUGCACAACAGCCUGAUUUCCAGUGCCAGGGAACCCACCCAAAGCUGGAUUGUUCAGCAAGUCAGUGGAAGAAUGCACGUGCCUCAGAAAUUGGAGAGAGUGGUCUGAAUCUACAGGGAGCAGCCAUUAGGUGAAGAAACAGCACAUUCAGUUAUUACUCAAGAGAGACAUCACAGAGCUGUUUGGAAAUCUUCUGACCAGAUAGGUGUCUGUUGGAAAAUGAUCAACAUCUGCAAGUGUCAAAAUGAUUCUGGAGAAGUAGAAUCACCUAAGAAGUCAGAAGAGAGUUCAAACAGUGUUGUCCACAUUGCAAACACAUGCAGGAAUACUGCCCAUGCACGAGGCGCUUCCUCAUUUUCUGCAUUGAAAACAGCCCUUGCUCCAGAGCCUAUAAACGGUGAAGUGCCCCCUCUAAUAUUUGCAGCAGUGUGAUCUCCUGUUGAACUGUUAGACAUUGGACUCUGCCAUCUGGAGAACUUGUGGGGUUCUGAUCUCAAAAGGGCAGAACAGUGCAGAAGAAGGGAAAUCCAGGUGGAAGGAGCAGAUGAACAAAAAGCCCACUAUACCCUGAUGAAAAAUUUGCUGUUGUACUUCCUGGGAAGAACCACUCUGGCUCCUUCCUCAGGAAGCUAAGAGCCCAUCUCUUACUGCAAGAGAGCAGGAAGAAAAGAUUGUGCUGAGCCACCGAGAAAGUCCAAGUGGAGUAAAUGAUGUCUUGGAGGAAGUGAUCUAUUGCUGCCUGGGACUGGUAGCUGGAAAAGCUCUGCUAUUGUACAGCUGGACUCCCACUGACACCUCUGGGAACUGCACAGACGAAAUCCUAGAAAGGCCUUUCCAUCUCAGUGGGUCUCCCUCACAUUGCUUCGGAUUUAGCUUUUUGCCGAAUCUAAAGUACAUCUGAAGAUAUCCUUUCUCAGGAAGAAGCAAAAGGCAAACAGUAGUUGAACACUUGGACUGCAAACAUAGAAUUGCUUCAUUUUACUCCUUGUGGGCUUUGGAUGAAACCCACAUACCCAAAGAUGUCUCCUUGCUGCAGAGGUGGCUAACAGUCAUAACAAACUCAUGGCAAACUGGCUAGAAGCAGUCUUCAUGAAGGACAGCGAUGAGCAGAGCUGCCCCCUCGAUCUUGGAAAAGCUGUGGUGGUAGCGAGUGGGAAGGCAUGCCCUCAAAGUGACAGUUUUGCUAUUGGGCCAAGUUUUCCUCUGGAAAAGGCAAAAUCAGUGACCUAUCUCCGGAGUCACAGGGAAAUCGGUGGUUUGUCCUCUGUGGGUUCCCGCUCUCCACGCGCGGCAGAGGGACCAGCUCAGCAGCACGGGCCGCAGGUGGUGAGCAAUCGUGGUUCUGCUCCCCAGCCCAGCAGUAUCUGCAUAUGAAGGAACUCUCGCUUUACAUGGACUUUACUUCAUACGUCAGUGUGUUUAUGCUUCAUAUCUAGCAGACGGGAGAUAUGUAUGCAAUAUAAAACAGAGUGAGUCGCAGAGAAGCUGAAGAGAGAUUUUGCAUUUAAUGUGAUAGUCUCACUACGAAAUAUUAAUUUAAAGCUAGUGGUGGAAAGGUUGAUCUUUGUCUCGUGGCCUUUAAUUCAUACAUGCAUGAAGCUGGUAAUAAAAGUUUUGCAAUGUGAAGGGAUAUUGCAUGCCCAUGCUCAAAUUUGUGUAGUGACAUUAGCCUCAAAGGAGUUAUACCAAAUGCAAUCACUGGGUGCGUGACUGGCUUUUUGGGAAAAUGUCAUAUUUUAAAUUUAAACUGUUCCAGAAGUUGUUCAGUUGUGCAAAUAGGAGCCAACAGAAGGCCCGAAAGACCCGAACAUCAUUGUAAGCAUCCAAGACCUCGGGUCUUACAGUCUCUUCAUGUAUGUUGUGACCUUCACGAGUAGAGGACAAAUGUCAUGAAAAUAACACAUUUGGGCUCAAAAAGGUCAGAAGACAAAAGUGAUGGCAGCUUGCCACACUGCCCCGUCAGGGGUACUGCAAGGCCAGCAUCACACUAGAUUUUCCUAUAGUGGAUUUUUGCAGCGUGGGAAAAAAUUUCAAAGGGAAUUCGCCUGGUCUUCCCUUGCCCAUCAUGCCAGGAAUGAAGGAGUUUAACUAUGAUCAGAUAUUCAGUUUUAUAUAGAUUCACGUAAGUACAGUGCAUGGUGGGAGGUGAAGUGAGUUUGAAAAGUUCCUGCUCAGAAUAGCAGGUAGAAUCACAACUGCAUGAAAAAUUCUGCAGCGAAAGCAUUUGUACAUUAGUAUGGUAGGACAGGACUUUGACAAGUUUUUCCAUUCAAUUCAUGCACCAGAGAGAUUUUCUUUUUUCCUAUGUUUAGUUUGUUUUUCAGUUAUCACUCUGGUUCCUUUCUUUUUUCAGAUGUCAAGAACUCCAUUGCUUUCAACAGUUGUAUCUUGAUCCAAUGCGUGUGUCUAGAGGCAAAUGUUUUUGUUUAAUAUUUAUCUAUAAAACUGAUUUGAGGCUUGUU